UCAUUUCCCGGGGGUUUAUCCACUUCCCUUGUCACACCUCCAUAAACCUCACUCACCCACACACACACUCUAAUUUCGAUUCCAAUGGUGACGACCAUAUCUCAUUCGGCACUACCGAAGCUCGCCACUCCUGCUCGAUUCUCAGUCCGCUGCAACAACUCCGGGAACGACUCCAUCUUCCUGGAGAAGAAGCACGUCUCCGUGGACUACGACCAGGGCAAACACGAGGUCUCCACUCACCUCAGUGGCUUUAGAAAGGAAGACAUCCCUAAACGGUACCGUUUGCGUGUUAUGGGUGACCGCUUCGAAAAGGACUGGGCCUUAUCGGAGGUCGUCGACAAGGUCUACCAGCUCCGACGUUGGGAAGAUAUCGAUGGCGUUUUGAAUCACUGGGUCGGGCGAUUUUCCAGGAAGAAUUUCCCUCUUCUCAUUAAGGAAAUGACGAGGAGAGGUUCGUUUGAGCAUUGUACGGAAGUGUUUAGAUGGAUGAAGAAUCAGAGGAACUAUUGUGCUCGGACUGAUAUUUACAAUAUGAUGAUAAGGUUAUACGCAAGGAAUCAUCAAAUCGAUCAAGCUCGCGGUUUGUUUUUUGAGAUGCAAGAAUGGAGGUGUAAACCUGACGCUGAGACUUAUAAUGCUCUUAUUAAUGCACAUGGUCGAUCAGGUCAAUGGCGUUGGGCUAAGAAUAUCAUGGAAGACAUGCUACGUGCAGCUAUUCCUCCUAGUCGUUCGACCUAUAACAACCUAAUAAAUGCUUGUGGGUCUAGUGGAAAUUGGAGAGAAGCUCUUAAAGUUUGCAAGCAAAUGACAGAUAAUGGAGUUGGGCCAGAUCUUGUCACUCACAAUAUUGUAUUAUCUGCCUACAAAACUGGGGCUGAGUAUUCAAAAGCAUUAUCGUAUUUUGAACUAAUGAAGGGGACGAACAUCCGCCCCGAUACAAUCACCCUCAAUAUUGUGAUACAUUGCUUGAUAAAGCUUGGACAGUAUGAGAAGGCGGUUGAAAUUUUCAAUUCUAUGAGAGACAGAAGAGCAGAAUGUAUCCCUGACAUUGUAACAUACACCGGCAUCAUUCAUAUGUAUUCUGUGUGUGGCCAGAUUGAAAAUUGCAGGGUUGCAUUUGAUACAAUGCUUGCAGAAGGAUUGAAACCAAAUAUUGUGUCAUAUAAUGCAUUAUUAGGAGCAUAUGCUUCACAAGGUAUGGAUAAAGAGGCAUUGUCGGUUUUUAAUGAGAUUAAAAGAAAAGGUUUUUGCCCUGACGUUGUGUCUUAUACAUCUCUACUUAAUGCUUAUGGAAGAUCAAAGAAACCUCAAAAGGCCUUGGAAGUAUUUUACAUGAUGAAAAAAAACAAGUGUAAGCCAAAUCUUGUGACCUACAAUGCACUGAUCGAUGCCUAUGGGUUUAGUGGUUUGUUAGCUAAAGCUGUUGAAGUGCUGCGUGAAAUGGAGAGGAAUGGACUAUACCCGAACAUUGUGUCAAUAUGCACACUUUUGGCUGCUUGUGGGCGAUGUGGUCAAAAGGUGAACAUUGAUACUGUGCUUUCAGCAGCUAAGCUCAGAGGCAUCAAAUUGAACACAAUUGCAUAUAAUUCAGCUAUUGGAAGCUAUAUGAAUAUAGGGGAAAAUGAGAAAGCUAUAAAUUUAUAUAGAUCUAUGAGGAAGAAGAGAAUUAAACCAGAUUCUGUUACUUACACUCAGUUGAUAAGUGGUUGUUGUAGGAUGUCUCUAUAUAAUGAGGCACUUGGUUUUUUUGAUGAAAUGAUGGAUCUGAAAGUUCCUUUGUCUAAAGAGGUCUGUUCAUCUGCAAUAUGCGCCUACAGCAAACAGGGUCAACUUACAAAAGCAGAAUCUGUGUUCAACUUGCUGAAAGAAGAUGGAUGCUUUCCGGAUGUAGUUGCAUACACAUCAAUGCUGCAUGCAUAUAUUUCUACUGAAAAUUGGGAGAAGGCUUUUACACUAUUUCAAGAAAUGGAAACAAAUGGUAUCCAGCCAGACUCUAUUGCAUGUUCAACUGCGAUGAGAGCUCUUAAUAAAGGAGGCCAAUCAGCCAAAGUUCUAAUUCUCGCUGAACAUAUGAAAGAAAAAGAAAUUCCUUUCAGUGAUUCAAUUUUCUUUGAAAUUAUAUCCGCAUGUAGCCUAUUACGAGAUUGGAAGACAACAAUUGACCUGAUUAAGAUGAUGGAGCCCUCACUCCCAGUAGUCUCAAGUGGCGUUAUAAAUCAUCUCCUUCUUUUUCUUGGACGAAGUGGGAGGGUUGAUACUAUGAUGAAGUUGUUCUACAAGAUAGUGGCAUCUGGUGCUGAAAUCAAUAUCAACACUUACUCAAUUUUGUUGAAAAAUCUUUUGUCUGCUGGAAACUGGAGAAAAUAUAUUGAGGUACUUCAAUGGAUGGAGGAUGCAGGAAUUCAACCUUCAAAUAGCAUGUAUCUCGACAUAUCCACCUAUGCACAGAGAAGUGGUGGUGCUGAUUAUGCUGAUGUCAUAAAAGAGAGAAUUGAAUCCUUCAGAGGGAAAGCAAGCGGCCAAGGUUCAGAUACUACUAUGUUGCGUGAUUCUACUCGGCUCCUGUUUGAUUGCUGAGCGAAACCAAUCUACAGUUUUCACAACCUUGUAGAAUCAACAAUGUCAUUAUCCGAGGCCAUCAAGCACAUUGGAUUUCGAAUACGUGGACACGAUGGAAGCCUGACAUGUAGGAUAUCAAGUAUGAUCUGUACAGUAGUUGAGCUUAUUCUUUUUCGAGGGAGAAUGUUGUAAAUUUUGAUGGCUAAUGCUGAUAGUUGGAGUCCAUAGAUGGAAUAUAAAAAAAAGAAGUGAAUUCAUUGCUAUUUUUUCGAGGGUAUUCAUGGUUGUACUUAGUAACGGAAGACUAACGACAAGUCGUACUAUAAUAACAGGAGUUGAUGGACAACUCGUCGUCCGUCUCUAUAUGACAGACCAACUAUUUGAUAUUGUCGUUUUUCAAAAGCACAAGUCGUUUUAUGCAAUAAGAAUGAAUGAAGUAGGAAACUCAGACUACGGGAGUUCUAUUGCAUGGUCUAUGAUGUCCCAGAACCACAGUUCCAAUUGGAUGUUGGGUGUAUUUGGCUUUUGAUAGGGCACUGACCAGAUAAAACUGACUCGGCUGAAGGUCAAAGAUGACUCGUUUCCGUCAUCAGGCAAAAUUGGUUGAUGUUAUUUUUUGUUUAGUUGAUUUGGUUAUUGUUAAGUUUGUAGCUAUUUUUUUAGUGGAUGUUGAUAUAUAUCGAAUUUUAGUUGAGUAAUUUUUUUUUUCAUGCAAAACAUUAUUUUUUUUAGAAACACUUUACUAGAAAAGUUGAACAUCAAGGAUAUUAAUUAAUGUACAGAAAAAUAUAAACUUUGAUCUA